CACCCACCUAUCCACCCCUUUUCUAUUUUCAAACGUCUUUCCUCCGGGUUUUGCCCUUUUAGCCACACCUCCCAUCUAGCGUAAGGGGGCGUGGCUUCGUCGCCGCCGUCUGGGACCCGGAUGGCCGUUUAGUCGGUGCUUAGACGCCGAGGCUGCCACAUUGGGCCUUGGACAAAUUACAAACCAGGGGGAGGGGGGGGAAGCGUAAUCCACCUCCAUCCUCCGUCUAGGAUUCCCUUCCGCCCCCGGGAAGCUCGUAUCCGGAUAGAGCGGACCGAGCCCGAUCCGACGAGUGGCACGUUUCGCAGGGAGCCAGGAGGAACCAUCGUACUCAAUGACCUUACAGCGCAAUGUCAGAUCGUUUGGGGCAAACAGCAAAGGGGAAGGAUGGAAAAAAGUAUUCGUCACUCAACCUGUUUGAAACAUACAAGGGCAAGUCCUUAGAGAUCCAGAAACCUACAGUUACUCCCCGCCAUGGCUUGCAGAGUCUCGGUAAAGUUGCCAUUGCCCGGCGCAUGCCACCCCCUGCGAACCUGCCAAGCUUAAAAGCAGAGAACAAAGGCAAUGACCCCAAUGUCUCACUAGUGCCGAAAGACGGGACAGGAUGGGCAAGCAAGCAGGAACAGACAGACCCAAAGAGUACCGAUGCCUCGACAGCUCAGCCGCCGGAAUCGCAGUCACCGCUGGCUUCACAGACGUCUGCCUCAAACCAACCGAAACGACCCCCAACAGCCCCCGAGAAUCCCCCUACAGUAGCAAGCGGGGUAAAGUCCUGGGCACAGGCCAGCGUUACCCAUGGAGCGCAAGGAGAUGGUGGAAAGGGAUCAAGCCUACUGUCGCGAUUCUCUCGCGAGGAAUUUCCGACCCUGCAGGCAGCUGGCGACCAGGACAAAGCUGGCAAAGAAAAGGACACUACCGAUGCGUUGUAUGGGCCCGGACCAAACCUCCGCCCCCAGAACGCAACCAGUUGGCGGGAUGGAGGUGGGAGGGGCACUGAUGGGGCGCUGGUGCCCGAGGAUGGACGGGCUGGGGUUGGCAUGCAGCCCAACGUCCCACCUCAGUUCCCUCCCUACCGGGGGAUGAUGCCGCCAUUUAUGUAUCCCCCGUACCUCCCAUUCCCGCCUCCAUAUGGGCCGCAGGGACCUUACCGCUACCCCACAGCUGAGGCACAAAGGUUCCAGCGGCUUCCAGGACCCCGCCCCUCACAGCCUCCACUGCGCAUGUCGGAACCUGUGAGCCGGCCACCCGUCCUCAAGCAGGAUGACCUCAAAGAAUUUGACGAGUUGGAGCAGGAGAAUGAUGAAGGCUGGGCAGGAGCCCAUGAAGAAGUGGACUACACUGAGAAGCUGAAAUUCAGCGAUGAAGAGGAUGGAAAAGACUCUGAUGAAGAAACCACUGAGAACCACAAUGAUGAGGCUUCUGGCCCAGAAAGCCAGUCAUCAGCCCCAGACACAAAGAAGGCUGGAACUCCAAAAGAGGAUCAACCCCUUGUGAAAGAAGCCUGGGUCGAAAACUCACAUCCCCCAGAGGGUGCCAAAGAGCCGUUGCCUGCAGCCCGGCCUCCGCCGCCACCCCCACCGCCCAACCGGGGUAACUGGGGACAGCCCAAUGACUUCCCGGACCGUCCGCUGCGACCACCUCCCCCAGAAGACGAGGAUGAAGCUUGGCGCCAGCGGCGAAAACAGUCCUCCUCGGAGAUCUCCGCAGCAGUGGAGCGGGCCCGACGUCGGCGGGAGGAAGAGGAGCGGCGCAUGCAAGAAGAGCGACGGGCUGCUUGCGCCGAGAAACUCAAGCGCCUGGAUGAGAAGUUUGGAGCUCCUGACAAGCGCUUGAAGCCAGAGCCUCCCAAGGAGCUGCCUGCUGCUGCUACUCCUCCUCCAGCUCCCACCCUAGUGCCCUCGAAUCCACCGGCUGCCCCAGUCCCCCCUGAGGAGAAGAGAGAGAAAGAGGAGCCAGUACUAGCUAACAAACCUCGCAGUAGUGUUGGUGGCUGUAGUAGCGGGAGCAGCUUGGACUCUGCCAGUGCUGGUGAGCCACCUCUGACUUCUCCUCCCAAGGAAGUGCCUGAAGUGAGGGAAGAGCCACCACCCUUACCUGGGCCUGCUCUUCCAGCAGCUCCCAUCCCAACCAAGGUGGAGCCCAAAGGCGAAACAGUUCUUCAGGUGCGCCAACCACCACCUGCUCAGACUCUUAGCUACUCAAAGUACCAGAAGUCGUUGCCUCCACGAUUCCAACGACAGCAGCAGGAGCAGUUGUUGAAGCAGCAACAGCAGUGGCAGCACCAACACAGCCAAGUCCAGCCCCCACUGGCUUCCUCUACCCAGCAGCAGGCAACAAAUGCUCCUCUGGCUGCUAUGGGCCCCUCGGGCAAUGUUCACACUCAGCCUGGGCCAACAGGGCAGCAGCAAGCCCCAGCCCCGCCUCCUGCACAGCAGCCUCCGCCCAAAGGCAUGUACCCAGGCUCCAUUGGACGGCCUCCACCAAUGCCACAGAUGAACUUUGAUCCUCGCUGGAUGAUGAUUCCGCCUUACAUGGACCCACGCAUGAUGCAAGGGCGGCCUCCCAUAGAUUUCUACCCACCUGGGGUACACCCCUCUGGUCUCUUGCCCCGUGAGCGAUCGGACAGCGGGGGCUCCAGUUCAGAGCAGUUUGACCGCCAUCCUCCCAUUCUUCGAGAGCGUGGCACCCCACCUGUUGAUCCCAAGCUGGCCUGGGCCGGAGAUGCCUUUACUAGCGCCCCCUCUGGUGCAGAUCCGCGGCCUCAGACAGCAUCCCUUCGGCAGCAGGAUGAGGAAGAGAAGGGGUUAAGGAGUGAGACUCCUCCAGUUCGCCUGCGUGAGGCUAUCACGCCACAGCCCUAUAUGGGGAACUAUCAGGGUUUCUCAGAAAAUGGCAAUCCUGCCUCAUUGCACCGCUUCCCAGUGGAUGAGCCCCCACGACCAGGGCCCCCCUGGCAAGCCAGCAUGGCUUUGACGGCACCGACAGAGGUGAGCAGAAAUGGGCGCCCUGAACCCCAAGUCCAGCCACCCCGUAAAAGUGAGGAAGAGCCACAGUUGCUGCAUCGUGACCCCCCCGAGGAAGUCAAAUCAGUUGAGCCUCCAGUCAUUCGGCCCGUAGUGGCUAAGAAACCUCCCUCUGAACAGCCUAAAGAGGACCUUCCAGUCAAAGAGGAGGUACUGCGGCGGGUGGAGAAACCACCACGGCAGCAGCAUGAAUUCCACAAACAGCCACGGCGUGAGUCCAAGACAGAGACACGCUGGGGUCCCCGUCCUGGCAGCAGCCGGAGAACUGAGGAGAUUUCUGGGGACAAGGCUCCACGGCGAGCUGGGCCCAUCAAGAAGCCGCCACCCCCUAAAGAGGCAAAAGAUGAAGGUGAGGAGAUGCGUCCUGCUGGGAAGGUCAAAGAGGGUGGAGAGCCAGUGAGCAGCAAGCCUGAGCUCCCUAAAGAGUCCCCGAAACCAGGCAAAGAGAACAAGGCAAAGCCGGUGGUAAAUGGUGGAACAGUGAUGCCACCUAAAGAGCAGCAACAGGGCCCACUGUCACCAAGCCGGCAUCGUCGGGAUGGCCCAUAUGAGCGCGGCGGCUACACUGGCCGUGGACGCGCCAGGGGGCGAGGAGAGUAUUUUGCUCGAGGAAGGGGAUUCCGGGGUGCUUAUAGUGGCCGUGGACGAGGUGGCCGUGGAAGAAGCCGGGAGUUCCGCAGCUACCGUGAACCUUUUUACCGGCUGGAUGAUGGGGCUGGCAAAGCCACAGGGCCAAGCUCCAACUUCCGCCCACGCAACACGAGUGAGACACGUAGCGAAGGCUCAGAGUACGAAGAGAUACCCAAACGGCGGCGUCAGCGGGGCUCUGAAACAGGAAGUGAGACGCAUGAGAGUGCUAGUGAUGUGGCCCAUUCAGACAAGGAGAUGACCAAGGAACCGACACCAAGCCAGCGCAGCCGAACUGUUCCAGUGACUUCUGCAUCGGCACCUUCUGCCCAGCACCCUGGCUUGCCCCGAUUUGCUGACAAGAUGCCACCGCGCCUCUCAGAUCCAGGCACCCGUGGUGGGCGUGUCUUCACUCCUCGUGGUAUCCCUUCACGCCGGGGCCGAGGAGGGGGUCGUGCACCCCCUGGUGGAUGGAGCUCUCCAUCCAAGCCCCAGCCCAAUAAGAAACCCGAGAGGCAACCAGAGGUAGUUCUGGAGUCUUCUGGGAAAGAGAAGGUGUCCUCAGGCCCUCCAGCAGUGACCCCAGAAGAAUCGUGUGGCUUUCAAGCCCUCUCAAAACAGCAGCCUCUUGGCCCUGGCUCAGAUCGUGGCUUUGACCGGCCACCCCGUCGCCGGCGCCAUGGGCGCUCACAGCAGCAGGACAAGCCACCUCGGUUCCGGAGGCUGAAACAGGAGCGUGAGAAUGCGGCCCGACUCAAUGGCGAGCAGAGAAGUCAACCCUUCUCCCCUGCUCCUACUGUCCCGCUCCCAGAAGAAUCAGCUGCCCGGCGUGUGGCUGGCACAAAAUCUCCUGACUUGUCCAACCAGAACUCAGACCAGGCUAACGAGGAGUGGGAGACUGCUUCAGAGAGCAGUGACUUCACUGAGCGCAGGGGCGGGGGUGAGAAGGAGCCAGCGCCUGGUGGACCUCCCCCCACUGCCUUCCUCAAAGGUGGCUGUUCUGGUGCACCUUCUGUGGGUGGGCGGCCGCCCAACAAUGAGCUCAGCUUAGCUCAGAGGAAGGAGAUGUCCAAGCGCAGCUUUUCCAGUCAGCGGCCUGGCAUGGACCGGCAGAACCGGCGUUCUAAUCCCGGCCCAGGGGGAGGAGGCGGCAAACCUGGCCGUGGAGGGAGUGGCGGUGGGCGCAGUGGUGGUGACAAGAGGAGCUGGCCCUCUCCCAAGAACCGCAGCCGGAACACCGAUGACCAUUCUCCGGGCCUCAGCCUGCCCCCGGCACCCACCACCAGCACUGUGUACCGCUUGGACCGCGUCAUCCACAGUGACCCAGCUGGCAUCCAGCAGGCUCUGGCUGAACUGGGCAGCCGCCACACAAAGCCAGCCUCCCCUGGCCCUGCCCAGUCGCCCUUCCUGGGGCCUGGAGGCAGCAACUGCUCUGCCCUCCCGUUGAGACGCUUUGAGAGCAGGAGCAGCGGCAACACAGACUCUUCCUUCCUGGAGAAGAACCAGCUGCUUCACUCCAACAGUGCACCUGUGAAGGAAUCCAGCAUGGUGAGUGGCUUUUCUGCAAAGCGCCGGGAAAGGCCUCGUAAGCAAGAUCUGCUGCAGCAGGAACCCCUGGCCUUUCCCAGUGGCCCCGGCUUUUCAGCCCCCAAAGAGGAGACCUCCAGUGAACCUCGCAGCAGGAGCGUCCCAGUGUCUGAGGGGCUUGCCCCACAGAUCUGGAACCAGCUGAAUUCGAACUCCUCCCGAAAGAGUUACCGCCCUGCCUCAGUGGAACCGUGGAUUGACCCGCUGAACGCCUUUGAAGAAGUUGCCAGUACGGAGAUGAGCUUGUCAGACAGUGGUGUGGACCUCAGCAGUGACUCGCAGGUCUCCUCGGCCACCUGCAGCCAGCGCAGCUCUCCCGAUGGGGGUCUGAAGGCCACACCAGAUGCUGGAGUCAAACGCAGCGGAGCCAUCGGCAAGAGCAAUGAAGAUGCCACCGCCGCUGGCCCAGAGGGAGCAGAGCCGAAAGAGCAAAGGAGGCGGCCACCGCCAGCCAGAGACUCCAGUCUGCUAAAGGAUAAGAAGGUGAGCAGCUCCCCUGAGCCGCCGCCCCGAGAGCACCCUCCCCCUGGCGCUAUUGGCACAGAGCGUUCCCAGCGAGCGGAGAAAGCAAAAGACAGCACAGAGGGGCUGGGUGUGAUGACGUCGGAGCCAAGCCCCCAGCUAGAGUCCCCCGGGGCCUGCCCACCCAUCCAGUUUGGUGCUAGCGAGAAGGAUGCCGACCUUCGCUUCAUGGUGAACGAGGGACCAAGACAGGACAAGGAAGAGCUGCAUCAGGCACUUGCUGAGGGGCUGACCUCUACCCCCCGGGAGUGGGAGCUACUCCCCCCAGCACCUCCCAGCCACAGAGCUUCCCCAGAGGUGGCUCCUGGUCGCUCCUGUGAGCCCCGACCUUUCCCUGUGGCCCCAGCCGCUGCUUCCUGCCUGCACAGCCUCCCGGCAGACACUUCUGUGUUCUCAGGUGAGAGGGGCCAGGGGCAGCGACUAUACACGGAGCUGUUUUAUGGGAACCAGGUCUCCCCUGCCCAGCUCGAGUCCCAGAUACACAGCGCAAGUGGUGGUGGCAGCUACCGUCCAAGCACCCCCUCUCUGCACACUUACAGGUCCCAGCACCUGUACCUCCAGCCAAGCCCCACCCCCCCUUCUCCAGCUCAGGCGGCGGCGGGUGCCAUGUUGCCCAGCUCAGCUCUGCUUUCGGGGGUGGCCCUGAAGGGGCAGUACGUGGAGAUAUCGGCCUUGCAGGCGGCUGAGCUGCCCAAGCUGCCAGCGACGGGGUUGCUGUACCAGGCGCCCCCUCCCUCCUUCAUCUACAGCUCUGCCUUCUGCGGCAGCCAGCUGGCUCCUGAGCAAGCCCUGCUUCAGGUGCGCCAAGAAUUGGCAUCCCCCUCUGACUUCUACCCAGCUACUCUGGGGCAAGGCAGCCAGAGCAACUUCCUGACUGCCACAGGCCCUGCUCAGCAGGUGCUUUUGCCAGUGGUGGAGCCACCCCAGCUGUCCCCUGUGGUGAACUUUGGCUCUUUGCAGCAAGCACCACCUGCUGCCCCUGCCCCACCACCGCCUCCCCCGAUGCCCCUGGUGCCCAUGGCUACCCAGGCUCUGCGGCCACCAGGGCAGCUGGCUGGGCGCCUCAUCUCUCCAGCCAUGCGAGCCUUUCCUCACGCCGGAGUGGGCAGGAACGAGCUCCACACUCUGGAAAUGAAGCCUCUACGGGACUACAGGAAACUUAAUGGUCUGGGCUCUGCAGGGGCCCGACCCCCCUCUGGGGCCAGGCCUUUCUCUGGAGGCUUUGGUGCUAGGCUGAAAUCCCCUGGUUCUGGCUAUGGUGGCAUCUUCCGUGCCCAGCGCUUUGAGGUCUACCAGCAGUCAGAUAUCCUUCGCUGGAAUCCCCGCUCUUGGGAGCGAGUAGCUCAACCGCGUGAUGGAACGCCUGCCCGCCGCCUUGAGCCCGAUCUCCGCUCCCACACUGACAAGCAAGACCCCAAUCUCUCCAACCACCACUAGCCCAGGAUGCUGAUGCCUCCCUUUUUUGGUUCUGUUAACUUCUUCCCCUGCCCCUUCCCAAAAUCGUGGGAGGGCUGUUUGCAGGGGCCUGUUCCUGCUCCCCCUUGGUGUAUCCUGAAUAUGGGGCGUCUCCUUAACUCCUUUUCUGUUUGUAUGGGGGGGGUGACACUGGAAUUUGCCCCUUCAGGUAAGAGUUAGACACAGUGGGGUGCUCAGAGUGUAAUUUGGGAGGGGGGCAAAGAUCAGGAUUUUGAGAGGCUCCCAGCUGAAUGUAUUUUUGCUUAUUUCCUUUGGUUUCACCUGAGUUUAUUUUUCUGGUAGGGGCUGUGUUGCCCUUUGAUAUGAGGGGAGAGCAGCUCUGAGGUUUGGAGUGUAAAUAUAUAUAAAUAUAAACGUGGGGGGUCUCUCCUCUUCCCUCUUCUAUUUAUGGGGGUGGGGAGAGAUGAGACUGGGAGCCUGUCUCCUCUCCUAUUUGCUCCCCUGAGUUUGAAAUAGGAAGCGUUGAGUUUUUAAAAGGUGGUCAAGCUGGUUUGUUUAAUAAAUAAAACCAAAAAAGUUGUUUAAAAAAAACCAAUAAACUAAAAAGUCAAACAGUG